UCAUCCUUUAAUGUAGUAUUGUGUCUUUGACUUGGACCAGAAAAAAUCGUGCUCUUUUUCUUCCUUUCUUCUCCCCCACGCAACAAGCCAAGUUAGCCAACAACAACACAACACCGCUCUCAAAUUUAGCUAUACACAGGCUGCUAAGUACUGGCACUUCAUACUUCUCCUCCUUCCUCCUUAAACCCCCCAAACCACCCCCAGCUCCUCCUCCUGCAUACUAGACAACAUUAACAAGUCCACCCCCACCCACCGCCGCCAUGGCCGUAAUACGCCACCACCACCGCCACCGUUCGCUGUCAUUCGCUACCAUCAGUGCAUUACUCUUUCUCCUGCUUUCUUCAGUUUCAGCUCUUACUUUCAACCACGCCCGCCAAUUCAGUGGUGGUGCAAUGAGGGAGGAGAUAAGAGCAGAGGUGAAAAGGGCAGGUGGGAUGGAGUUAAUCAAGCGAGUUUUGUAUCGAAGAAGACUGACUGGACCGGGAUCAUCGCCGCCUACAUGUAGAUCCAAGUGUGGAAGUUGUGCACCGUGUAAACCGGUUCAUGUUCCGAUUCAACCGGGUUUGAGUCGACCACUAGAGUACUACCCGGAAGCCUGGCGGUGCAAAUGUGGGAACAAGCUCUUCAUGCCUUAGGACAAGCAAUUUUUUUUUUUUUUUAAAUUUUAACUUAAUUACUUAUAUAAUUUGGCACUUGCUACUUUGAUAGUGUAUAUUAAGGCAGUAAAAGUGCAAAACAUAGUUGUAGAACAAACGUUGUUCAGAGAUCAUCAUAUAUUAGUUUUUAGUAACUAUUUUGGUCUUUUGUACAUAUUUAUUCUUUUUCUCUUAGGGGGCUUGGAAAUACUUAUAAUUGUUUCAAGUAUUAGGCUAUCUGCAUAUUAGUCAGCAAUAUUAUUGUUUUAAACAUUUUUGGCUGUCUGUCUAGUAGAGUACAUUUUUAUUUGUGGCUUUUUGUAGUGUUUAAUACACCUGGGAGUUAGGAAUACACACUAUUAAUUUUUCUCUCUUUUCUUGUCUGGACUCUGGAGGAGACA